AUGUUAGAAGUUGUGAUCCAUGGCUCGGACGGAAUCAAAGCAGAAUUCCGCAAUGUCCCAAUUCCACAACCCAGCGACGAUGAAGUUUUGAUCAAAGUAGUCGCGACUGAUUCGAAUCCAAAGGAUUGGAAGGCGGCGAUGGGGUCCCCUGUCAUGUCAAGCGUUCCUCCUCCGAUGAAUCAGGGUGAUGACAUUGCUGGGAUUGUCUCUUCUGUUGGUCAGAAUGUCUUGGAGUUUAAGCCAGGAGAUCGAGUUGCGGCAUUUCACAGAAUGCUGAAGCCGGGAGGCUCCUACGCAGAAUAUGCCAUUGCUCCCUCUCGCACAACGUUCCACAUCCCUCGCAAUAUAUCUUUUGAAGAAGCGGCGACUCUACCCCUCUCGGCCAUGACAGCUGGACUUGCACUUUAUCAAAAUCUAGAGAUCACUGCUCCUUGGGCCCGAACAUCUGAGCCACACCCGAUUCUGAUCUAUGGAGGAGCGUCUGCAGUAGGUGCUUUUGCUUUGCAAUUCGCUCGACUCAGUGGGCUCGAUCCUAUUAUCACGGUGGCUGGCAAUGGGAUUGAAUUCGUCCGUUCUUUGAAUGUAACAAGCCAUAUCAUCGAUUACCGCAGUGAGGACGUGGCAAUAAGGGUCAAGGACAUCUUGAAUGGUCGACGUCUCUUGCAUGCUUUUGAUGCAAUCUCAUCUGGUGGUACAUGGGAGACCAUUCUGAAAGCACUAGGUCCAAAUUUUGCUGCAACGCGCCUGGACAUGGUUGAUCCUCCGAGUCCUAUUCCAGAAUGGCCUCAAGGCCUCAAAUUCAGCCGAACAUACGUGUCCUCGGCGUAUGGAGAACCACACACCUAUCGAAACCAAGACGAAGCAGAUGGUGACCACGAUUUUGCCUACAUGUUCUAUAGGUAA